AUGGAAGAAGUGUCAGAAGUGGAGGACAUCAUCUAUUAUGAUGAAGACGAAGAAUCAACAGAUGAGGUAGAAUCUGAGGAAGAGGACCCAGCUGAGAUGGAAGAAUAUUUCCAGUCAAAGGAUGAAACAUUGAUCUGGUCUUCCAUCCCUCCCAGUGACCGACGACGCAUGUUGACAGCAGAGAGAGAUACAAGCCACCAUGGUCCAACUGCAUAUGCAAGGUCUCGGAUUGAUGACAUAAAGUCCACUUUUGACCUGUUUCUGCCAAAGCCUAUUGAAGACGCAGUGCUGAGCAUGACAAACAAGGAGGGGCAACGCGUUUAUGGCAACAAGUGGAGAAAGAUGGAUCAAAUGGAUUUGCAGGCAUAUGUGGGUGUGUUGAUUCUUGCUGGCGUGUACCGAUCUAGUAAGGAAGCUACAUCUAGUUUAUGGCAUGCCGAGUCUGGUAGGACAAUUUUCCGUGCUACCAUGACACUCAAGAUGUUUCAUAAAAUCUCAAGAGUGAUUAGAUUUGAUGAUAAAGCCACAAGAGAAAAUCGCCGUGCACGAGACAAACUUGCUCCCAUUCGAGAUGUAUGGGACAAGUGGGUGUCUCUCCUGCCGUUGAUGUACGAUCCAGGUACUGAUGUGACUGUGGAUGAGCGCCUGGUCCCCUUCAGAGGUCGCUGUCCAUUCAAACAGUACAUCCCGAGUAAACCAGGGAAAUAUGGGAUAAAAAUAUGGGUAGCAUGCGAUGCCAGGUCUAGCUAUGCAUGGAACAUGCAGGUAUACACUGGCAAACCGGCUGGUGCGCAGUCAGAAAAAAAUCAGGGCAUGAGAGUUGUCCUUGACAUGACAGAAGGUCUCCGGGGGGAAAACAAUCACCUGUGACAACUUUUUUACUUCACAUGCUCUUGGCUUGCAGCUGCUGAAAAGAAAGCUGUACAUGGUGGGAACAGUACGGAGGAAUAAGCCUGAGCUUCCCCCUGCUCUGGUGUCAAAAAAGGACCGGGCACGGUUCUCAUCGAAGUUUGCCUUCACCGAGACCCAUGCUCUAGUGUCAUAUCACCCCAAAAAACAGAAAAAUGUUCUUCUGAUGAGCACUCUGCAUCGGGAUGCUGCUGUGAGCAACAGGGAUGACAAAAGGCCCAAAAUCAUUGAAGAUUACAAUCACAACAAAGGUGGUGUUGAUAUCCUUGACAAAGUUACCAGUGUGUACACGUGCAAAAGAAUGACAGCCCGUUGGCCACUCGUUGUCUUCUACAACAUUCUCGACGUGUCUGCAUACAACUCUUUUGUCCUAUGGUCUGAAAUCAAGCCAGCCUGGAAUCAGGGAAAGUACAACAAGAGAAGGCUCUUCAUGGAGGAGCUUGGGCGACAACUGGUGAUACCUCACAUCAAG